CCGGCGCCGGGCAGCAGCAGAGGGGAAGCAGAGACCCCAGCUCCAGCCCAAGAAGCCAUGUGGGAUGCUCACACUGUCUCCACUGGGCUUCAUGCUGCGGCGCCCCAGACCUAGCAGGCUGGUGGAGACCAUCAAGAACUCUCUGAUCUCUUCAGGAAACCAGUGCAUCUGGGCAGCUGUCUGCAGGAGCCACCAGCCACUGCUGCCAUCACCCAGCACCGAGCAGCAGCCAGUGCCAUGGAUGAGGUGACGGAGCUAGAGCUGGGGAGCAACUCCCUCCUGAAGGCUGUGUGGCUCGGCCGGCUCCGGCUGACCCGGCUGCUGCUGGAAGGGGGGGCUUACAUCAACGAGAGCAAUGAGAAGGGGGAGACCGCCCUGAUGGUGGCCUGCAUCACCACACACGUCGACCAGCAGAGCAUCCACAAGGCCAAGAUGGUGAAGUACUUGCUGGACAACAGAGCUGACCCCAACAUCCAGGACAAGUCUGGGAAAACUGCCCUCAUGCACGCCUGCAUCCGUGGGGCUGGGGGGGAGGUGGUGUCCCUGCUGCUGGAGAACGGGGCAGACCCCAGCCUGGAGGACCGCUCAGGAGCCUCGGCGCUGGUCCACGCCAUCAAUGCCGAUGACAAGGCUGUGCUGCAGCACCUCCUGGAUGCCUGCAGAGCCAAGGGGAAGGAAGUGAUCAUCAUCACCAUGGACAUAUCAGCCUCUGGCACUAAGACGACCAAGCAGUACCUGAAUGUUCCCCCUGCGCUGGAGUUCAAAGAGAGAGCCCCCCCCGAGGUGGGCACAGCACCCUCUCAUGCCCACCUGAAAACUUCCAUCUCAGCACUUUCCCCUGAAGAGAAGGAGAGCAGCAUUCUCACCCCACACGCUUCACGUCCUGGAGACACUGGGGACACUGAGCCACCCUCCCCAGGCCAGAGAGCUGGUACUGGCCGGAAAGCCCAUCUGCCGCGGCUGAAGCGGCUGCGGUCGGAGCCGUGGGGUCUGGUGGCACCCUCAGUGCUGGCAGCCUCAGCACACCGUGAUGACACGCACAUCUGUGCUGAUGAGGAUGUCAUCAUGGGCAUUGGAGACCUCUCGCUCUCCAAAAAGACCCCCCUCAUUUGGAGCAGCAGCAGCAAGGGCAGGGACCCCGCUCUCUUUCCUAUGGUGGACGAGCAGGCACUGGGGCCACUGGCAUGGAAAGCCACCCACGAGAAGAGCCCGGCUGCCCACCCGCACCUGCACCACAGCAGCACCGUGCCAGAGGAGCCGGAGAGCACCGGCUCAGCCGCCGGCUCAGCCACGGGGAUGGACACUCUGCACUGGUGGAGGCCAGGAACCGAGCACAAUGGAGACCCCCACCUCACCGAGAUGGGGAAGGGGCCGUUGGAGAGGAGGAAGCUGAGUGGGUCCCACCUGGCCUUGCUGGAUGGCUCACGAGAGUCUCCCUCUGGCAGUGCGAGCACAUCACCCAGCACUGUCCGGCGCCGACCACCUGGCUUGCUGGAGAGGCGAGGAUCCGGGACCCUGCUGCUCGACCACAUCUCCCACACGAGGCCGGGAUAUCUGCCCCCGCUGAAUGUGAACCCCAACCCCCCGAUCCCUGACAUCGGCUCCAGCAAAGCUCCCUCCCCGCUCGCUGCUGGGCUGAAGCCCCUGGUGCCCCUCGCGCCCAGCUCGCCCAGGCGGGGCGACCUGAGAGCCCGCAGGAAGCUCCUCCGCAGACACUCCAUGCAGGCGGAGCAGAUGCGGCACCUCGCUGAUUUUGAGGAGGUCGUGGCCCAGUAGCUGUGUCACCAUUUUCUUCCCAAAGCCAC